AUGAUUGCACGGCGUGUGUUAGGGGAGGAGAAGGGCUGCGACGUGUGUGGGUUGACGAGGGAUAGGAGGGCGUGGGCGAGCUGUGGGAGAAAAGGGGGUGAUUUGAGAGAAGGGAGAGAAGUUGGGAGGUGGGGAGGACAGGUGGCAGGAGAUGAUUGCACGGCGCAUGUUAGGGGAGGAGAAGGGCUGGGAUGUGCGUGGGUUGACGAGGGACAGAAGGGCGUGGGGGCUGGGAUGUGCGUGGGGUUGUACGUGCAUGGGUUGUACGUGCAUGGGUUGUACGUGCAUGGGUCGUACGUGCAUGGGUUGUACGUGCCUGGGUUGUACGUGCAUGGGUUGUACGUGCAUGGGUUGUACGUGCAUGGGUUGUACGUGCAUGGGUUGUACGUGCAUGGGUUGUACGUGCAUGGGUUGUACGUGCAUGGGUUGUACGUGCAUGGGUUGUACGUGCCUGGGUUGUACGUGCAUGGGUUGUACGUGCAUGGGUUGUACGUGCAUGGGUUGUACGUGCAUGGGUUGUACGUGCAUGGGUUGUACGUGCAUGGGUUGUACGUGCAUGGGUUGUACGUGCAUGGGUUGUACGUGCAUGGGUUGUACGUGCAUGGGUUGUACGUGCAUGGGUUGUACGUGCAUGGGUUGUACGUGCAUGGGUCGUACGUGCAUGGGUCGUACGUGCAUGGGUCGUACGUGCAUGGGUCGUACGUGCAUGGGUUGUACGUGCAUGGGUUGUACGUGCAUGGGUUGUACGUGCAUGGGUUGUACGUGCAUGGGUUGUACGUGCAUGGGUUGUACGUGCAUGGGUUGUACGUGCAUGGGUUGUACGUGCAUGGGUUGUACGUGCAUGGGUCGUACGUGCAUGGGUCGUACGUGCAUGGGUCGUACGUGCAUGGGUUGUACGUGCAUGGGUUGUACGUGCAUGGGUUGUACGUGCAUGGGUUGUACGUGCAUGGGUUGUACGUGCAUGGGUUGUACGUGCAUGGGUUGUACGUGCAUGGGUUGUACGUGCAUGGGUUGUACGUGCAUGGGUUGUACGUGCAUGGGUUGUACGUGCAUGGGUUGUACGUGCAUGGGUUGUACGUGCAUGGGUUGUACGUGCAUGGGUUGUACGUGCAUGGGUUGUACGUGCAUGGGUUGUACGUGCAUGGGUUGUACGUGCAUGGGUUGUACGUGCAUGGGUUGUACGUGCAUGGGUUGUACGUGCAUGGGUUGUACGUGCAUGGGUUGUACGUGCAUGGGUUGUACGUGCAUGGGUUGUACGUGCAUGGGUUGUACGUGCAUGGGUUGUACGUGCAUGGGUUGUACGUGCAUAGGUUGUACGUGCAUAGGUUGUACGUGCAUGGGUUGUACGUGCAUGGGUUGUACGUGCAUGGGUUGUACGUGCAUGGGUUGUACGUGCAUGGGUUGUACGUGCAUGGGUUGUACGUGCAUGGGUUGUACGUGCAUGGGUUGUACGUGCAUGGGUUGUACGUGCAUGGGUUGUACGUGCAUGGGUUGUACGUGCAUGGGUUGUACGUGCAUGGGUUGUACGUGCAUGGGUUGUACGUGCAUGGGUUGUACGUGCAUGGGUUGUACGUGCAUGGGUUGUACGUGCAUGGGUUGUACGUGCAUGGGUUGUACGUGCAUGGGUUGUACGUGCAUGGGUUGUACGUGCAUGGGUUGUACGUGCAUGGGUUGUACGUGCAUGGGUUGUACGUGCAUGGGUUGUACGUGCAUGGGUUGUACGUGCAUGGGUUGUACGUGCAUGGGUUGUACGUGCAUGGGUUGUACGUGCAUGGGUUGUACGUGCAUGGGUUGUACGUGCAUGGGUCGUACGUGCAUGGGUUGUACGUGCAUGGGUUGACCAGUGAUGAUAGGAGGCAUGGGAAUGCUGAGGGCGGCCAAUCUCACCUGCCAAUCUCACCUGCCAAUCUCACCUGCCAAUCUCACCUGCCAAUCUCACCUGCCAAUCUCACCUGCCAAUCUCACCUGCCAAUCUCACCAGCCAAUCUCACCAGCCAAUCUCACCUGCCAAUCUCACCAGCCAAUCUCACCAGCCAAUCUCACCUGUCAAUCUCACCUGCCAAUCUCACCUGCCAAUCUCACCUGCCAAUCUCACCUGCCAAUCUCACCUGCCAAUCUCACCUGCCAAUCUCACCUGCCAAUCUCACCUGCCAAUCUCACCAGCCAAUCUCACCUGCCAAUCUCACCUGCCAAUCUCACCUGCCAAUCUCACCUGCCAAUCUCACCUGCCAAUCUCACCUGCCAAUCUCACCUGCCAAUCUCACCAGCCGAUCUCACCUGCCAAUCUCACCUGCCAAUCUCACCUGCCAAUCUCACCUGCCAAUCUCACCUGCCAAUCUCACCUGCCAAUCUCACCUGCCAAUCUCACCUGCCAAUCUCACCUGCCAAUCUCACCAGCCAAUCUCACCUGCCAAUCUCACCUGCCAAUCUCACCUGCCAAUCUCACCAGCCAAUCUCACCUGCCAAUCUCACCUGCCAAUCUCACCUGCCAAUCUCACCUGCCAAUCUCACCUGCCAAUCUCACCUGCCAAUCUCACCUGCCAAUCUCACCUGCCAAUCUCACCUGCCAAUCUCACCAGCCAAUCUCACCUGCCAAUCUCACCUGCCAAUCUCACCAGCCAAUCUCACCUGCCAAUCUCACCUGCCAAUCUCACCUGCCAAUCUCACCUGCCAAUCUCACCUGCCAAUCUCACCUGCCAAUCUCACCAGCCAAUCUCACCUGCCAAUCUCACCUGCCAAUCUCACCUGCCAAUCUCACCAGCCAAUCUCACCUGCCAAUCUCACCUGCCAAUCUCACCUGCCAAUCUCACCUGCCAAUCUCACCUGCCAAUCUCACCUGCCAAUCUCACCUGCCAAUCUCACCUGCCAAUCUCACCUGCCAGUCACUGCAGCCAGCAGCAAGUGAUGCGAGGAGCAUGUUUUAGGUGCCUAAAAAAUCGUGAUAUCUGGUGCCAAGCCAAUCUCACCUGCCAAUCUCACCUGCCAAUCUCACCUGCCAAUCUCACCAGCCAAUCUCACCAGCCAAUCUCACCUGUCAAUCUCACCUGCCAAUCUCACCUGUCAAUCUCACCUGCCAAUCUCACCUGCCAAUCUCACCUGCCAAUCUCACCAGCCAAUCUCACCUGCCAAUCUCACCAGCCAAUCUCACCUGCCAAUCUCACCUGCCAAUCUCACCUGCCAAUCUCACCUGCCAAUCUCACCUGCCAAUCUCACCUGCCAAUCUCACCUGCCAAUCUCACCAGCCAAUCUCACCUGCCAAUCUCACCUGCCAAUCUCACCUGCCAAUCUCACCUGCCAAUCUCACCUGCCAAUCUCACCUGCCAAUCUCACCUGCCAAUCUCACCUGCCAAUCUCACCUGCCAAUCUCACCUGUCAAUCUCACCAGCCAAUCUCACCUGCCAAUCUCACCUGCCAAUCUCACCAGCCGAUCUCACCUGCCAAUCUCACCUGCCAAUCUCACCUGCCAAUCUCACCUGCCAAUCUCACCUGCCAAUCUCACCUGCCAAUCUCACCUGCCAAUCUCACCUGCCAAUCUCACCUGCCAAUCUCACCAGCCAAUCUCACCUGCCAAUCUCACCUGCCAAUCUCACCUGCCAAUCUCACCAGCCAAUCUCACCUGCCAAUCUCACCUGCCAAUCUCACCUGCCAAUCUCACCUGCCAAUCUCACCUGCCAAUCUCACCUGCCAAUCUCACCUGCCAAUCUCACCUGCCAAUCUCACCUGCCAAUCUCACCUGCCAAUCUCACCUGCCAAUCUCACCUGCCAAUCUCACCUGCCAAUCUCACCUGCCAAUCUCACCAGCCAAUCUCACCUGCCAAUCUCACCUGCCAAUCUCACCUGCCAAUCUCACCAGCCAAUCUCACCUGCCAAUCUCACCUGCCAAUCUCACCUGCCAAUCUCACCUGCCAAUCUCACCUGCCAAUCUCACCUGCCAAUCUCACCAGCCAAUCUCACCUGCCAAUCUCACCUGCCAAUCUCACCUGCCAAUCUCACCAGCCAAUCUCACCUGCCAAUCUCACCUGCCAAUCUCACCUGCCAAUCUCACCUGCCAAUCUCACCUGCCAAUCUCACCUGCCAAUCUCACCUGCCACCUGCCAGUCACUGCAGCCAGCAGCAAGUGAUGCGAGGAGCAUCCAAUCUCACCUGCCAAUCUCACCAGCCAAUCUCACCUGCCAAUCUCACCUGCCAAUCUCACCUGCCAAUCUCACCUGCCAAUCUCACCUGCCAAUCUCACCUGCCAAUCUCACCUGCCAAUCUCACCAGCCAAUCUCACCUGCCAAUCUCACCUGCCAAUCUCACCUGCCAAUCUCACCUGCCAAUCUCACCUGCCAAUCUCACCUGCCAAUCUCACCUGCCAAUCUCACCUGCCAAUCUCACCUGUCAAUCUCACCAGCCAAUCUCACCUGCCAAUCUCACCUGCCAAUCUCACCUGCCAAUCUCACCUGCCAAUCUCACCUGCCAAUCUCACCUGCCAAUCUCACCUGCCAAUCUCACCUGCCAAUCUCACCUGCCAAUCUCACCUGCCAAUCUCACCUGCCAAUCUCACCUGCCAAUCUCACCAGCCAAUCUCACCAGCCAAUCUCACCUGUCAAUCUCACCUGCCAAUCUCACCUGUCAAUCUCACCUGCCAAUCUCACCUGCCAAUCUCACCUGCCAAUCUCACCAGCCAAUCUCACCUGCCAAUCUCACCUGCCAAUCUCACCUGCCAAUCUCACCUGCCAAUCUCACCUGCCAAUCUCACCUGCCAAUCUCACCUGCCAAUCUCACCAGCCAAUCUCACCUGCCAAUCUCACCUGCCAAUCUCACCUGCCAAUCUCACCUGCCAAUCUCACCUGCCAAUCUCACCUGCCAAUCUCACCUGCCAAUCUCACCUGCCAAUCUCACCUGCCAAUCUCACCUGCCAAUCUCACCUGCCAAUCUCACCUGCCAAUCUCACCAGCCAAUCUCACCUGCCAAUCUCACCUGCCAAUCUCACCAGCCGAUCUCACCUGCCAAUCUCACCUGCCAAUCUCACCUGCCAAUCUCACCUGCCAAUCUCACCUGCCAAUCUCACCUGCCAAUCUCACCUGCCAAUCUCACCUGCCAAUCUCACCUGCCAAUCUCACCUGCCAAUCUCACCAGCCAAUCUCACCUGCCAAUCUCACCUGCCAAUCUCACCUGCCAAUCUCACCAGCCAAUCUCACCUGCCAAUCUCACCUGCCAAUCUCACCUGCCAAUCUCACCUGCCAAUCUCACCUGCCAAUCUCACCUGCCAAUCUCACCUGCCAAUCUCACCUGCCAAUCUCACCUGCCAAUCUCACCUGCCAAUCUCACCUGCCAAUCUCACCUGCCAAUCUCACCUGCCAAUCUCACCUGCCAAUCUCACCAGCCAAUCUCACCUGCCAAUCUCACCUGCCAAUCUCACCUGCCAAUCUCACCAGCCAAUCUCACCUGCCAAUCUCACCUGCCAAUCUCACCUGCCAAUCUCACCUGCCAAUCUCACCUGCCAAUCUCACCUGCCAAUCUCACCAGCCAAUCUCACCUGCCAAUCUCACCUGCCAAUCUCACCUGCCAAUCUCACCAGCCAAUCUCACCUGCCAAUCUCACCUGCCAAUCUCACCUGCCAAUCUCACCUGCCAAUCUCACCUGCCAAUCUCACCUGCCAAUCUCACCUGCCAAUCUCACCUGCCAAUCUCACCUGCCAGUCACUGCAGCCAGCAGCAAGUGAUGCGAGGAGCAUGUUUUAGCCAAUCUCACCUGCCAAUCUCACCAGCCAAUCUCACCUGCCAAUCUCACCUGCCAAUCUCACCUGCCAAUCUCACCUGCCAAUCUCACCUGCCAAUCUCACCUGCCAAUCUCACCUGCCAAUCUCACCAGCCAAUCUCACCUGCCAAUCUCACCUGCCAAUCUCACCUGCCAAUCUCACCUGCCAAUCUCACCUGCCAAUCUCACCUGCCAAUCUCACCUGCCAAUCUCACCUGCCAAUCUCACCUGCCAAUCUCACCUGUCAAUCUCACCAGCCAAUCUCACCUGCCAAUCUCACCUGCCAAUCUCACCUGCCAAUCUCACCUGCCAAUCUCACCUGCCAAUCUCACCUGCCAAUCUCACCUGCCAAUCUCACCUGCCAAUCUCACCUGCCAAUCUCACCUGCCAAUCUCACCUGCCAAUCUCACCUGCCAAUCUCACCUGCCAAUCUCACCAGCCAAUCUCACCUGCCAAUCUCACCUGCCAAUCUCACCUGCCAAUCUCACCUGCCAAUCUCACCUGCCAAUCUCACCUGCCAAUCUCACCUGCCAAUCUCACCUGCCAAUCUCACCAGCCAAUCUCACCUGCCAAUCUCACCUGCCAAUCUCACCUGCCAAUCUCACCAGCCAAUCUCACCUGCCAAUCUCACCUGCCAAUCUCACCUGCCAAUCUCACCUGCCAAUCUCACCUGCCAAUCUCACCUGCCAAUCUCACCAGCCAAUCUCACCUGCCAAUCUCACCUGCCAAUCUCACCUGCCAAUCUCACCAGCCAAUCUCACCUGCCAAUCUCACCUGCCAAUCUCACCUGCCAAUCUCACCUGCCAAUCUCACCUGCCAAUCUCACCUGCCAAUCUCACCUGCCAAUCUCACCUGCCAAUCUCACCUGCCAGUCACUGCAGCCAGCAGCAAGUGAUGCGAGGAGCAUGUUUUAGGUGCCUAAAAAAUCGUGAUAUCUGGUGCCAAGCCAAUCUCACCUGCCAAUCUCACCUGCCAAUCUCACCUGCCAAUCUCACCAGCCAAUCUCACCAGCCAAUCUCACCUGUCAAUCUCACCUGCCAAUCUCACCUGUCAAUCUCACCUGCCAAUCUCACCUGCCAAUCUCACCUGCCAAUCUCACCAGCCAAUCUCACCUGCCAAUCUCACCAGCCAAUCUCACCUGCCAAUCUCACCUGCCAAUCUCACCUGCCAAUCUCACCUGCCAAUCUCACCUGCCAAUCUCACCUGCCAAUCUCACCUGCCAAUCUCACCAGCCAAUCUCACCUGCCAAUCUCACCUGCCAAUCUCACCUGCCAAUCUCACCUGCCAAUCUCACCUGCCAAUCUCACCUGCCAAUCUCACCUGCCAAUCUCACCUGCCAAUCUCACCUGCCAAUCUCACCUGUCAAUCUCACCAGCCAAUCUCACCUGCCAAUCUCACCUGCCAAUCUCACCAGCCGAUCUCACCUGCCAAUCUCACCUGCCAAUCUCACCUGCCAAUCUCACCUGCCAAUCUCACCUGCCAAUCUCACCUGCCAAUCUCACCUGCCAAUCUCACCUGCCAAUCUCACCUGCCAAUCUCACCUGCCAAUCUCACCAGCCAAUCUCACCUGCCAAUCUCACCUGCCAAUCUCACCUGCCAAUCUCACCAGCCAAUCUCACCUGCCAAUCUCACCUGCCAAUCUCACCUGCCAAUCUCACCUGCCAAUCUCACCUGCCAAUCUCACCUGCCAAUCUCACCUGCCAAUCUCACCUGCCAAUCUCACCUGCCAAUCUCACCUGCCAAUCUCACCUGCCAAUCUCACCUGCCAAUCUCACCUGCCAAUCUCACCUGCCAAUCUCACCAGCCAAUCUCACCUGCCAAUCUCACCUGCCAAUCUCACCUGCCAAUCUCACCAGCCAAUCUCACCUGCCAAUCUCACCUGCCAAUCUCACCUGCCAAUCUCACCUGCCAAUCUCACCUGCCAAUCUCACCUGCCAAUCUCACCAGCCAAUCUCACCUGCCAAUCUCACCUGCCAAUCUCACCUGCCAAUCUCACCAGCCAAUCUCACCUGCCAAUCUCACCUGCCAAUCUCACCUGCCAAUCUCACCUGCCAAUCUCACCUGCCAAUCUCACCUGCCAAUCUCACCUGCCAAUCUCACCUGCCAAUCUCACCUGCCAGUCACUGCAGCCAGCAGCAAGUGAUGCGAGGAGCAUGUUUUAGGUGCCUAAAAAAUCGUGAUAUCUGGUGCCAAGCCAAUCUCACCUGCCAAUCUCACCUGCCAAUCUCACCUGCCAAUCUCACCAGCCAAUCUCACCAGCCAAUCUCACCUGUCAAUCUCACCUGCCAAUCUCACCUGUCAAUCUCACCUGCCAAUCUCACCUGCCAAUCUCACCUGCCAAUCUCACCAGCCAAUCUCACCUGCCAAUCUCACCAGCCAAUCUCACCUGCCAAUCUCACCUGCCAAUCUCACCUGCCAAUCUCACCUGCCAAUCUCACCUGCCAAUCUCACCUGCCAAUCUCACCUGCCAAUCUCACCAGCCAAUCUCACCUGCCAAUCUCACCUGCCAAUCUCACCUGCCAAUCUCACCUGCCAAUCUCACCUGCCAAUCUCACCUGCCAAUCUCACCUGCCAAUCUCACCUGCCAAUCUCACCUGCCAAUCUCACCUGUCAAUCUCACCAGCCAAUCUCACCUGCCAAUCUCACCUGCCAAUCUCACCUGCCAAUCUCACCUGCCAAUCUCACCUGCCAAUCUCACCUGCCAAUCUCACCUGCCAAUCUCACCUGCCAAUCUCACCUGCCAAUCUCACCUGCCAAUCUCACCUGCCAAUCUCACCUGCCAAUCUCACCAGCCAAUCUCACCAGCCAAUCUCACCUGUCAAUCUCACCUGCCAAUCUCACCUGUCAAUCUCACCUGCCAAUCUCACCUGCCAAUCUCACCUGCCAAUCUCACCAGCCAAUCUCACCUGCCAAUCUCACCAGCCAAUCUCACCUGCCAAUCUCACCUGCCAAUCUCACCUGCCAAUCUCACCUGCCAAUCUCACCUGCCAAUCUCACCUGCCAAUCUCACCUGCCAAUCUCACCAGCCAAUCUCACCUGCCAAUCUCACCUGCCAAUCUCACCUGCCAAUCUCACCUGCCAAUCUCACCUGCCAAUCUCACCUGCCAAUCUCACCUGCCAAUCUCACCUGCCAAUCUCACCUGCCAAUCUCACCUGUCAAUCUCACCAGCCAAUCUCACCUGCCAAUCUCACCUGCCAAUCUCACCAGCCGAUCUCACCUGCCAAUCUCACCUGCCAAUCUCACCUGCCAAUCUCACCUGCCAAUCUCACCUGCCAAUCUCACCUGCCAAUCUCACCUGCCAAUCUCACCUGCCAAUCUCACCUGCCAAUCUCACCAGCCAAUCUCACCUGCCAAUCUCACCUGCCAAUCUCACCUGCCAAUCUCACCUGCCAAUCUCACCUGCCAAUCUCACCUGCCAAUCUCACCUGCCAAUCUCACCUGCCAAUCUCACCUGCCAAUCUCACCUGCCAAUCUCACCUGCCAAUCUCACCUGCCAAUCUCACCUGCCAAUCUCACCUGCCAAUCUCACCUGCCAAUCUCACCUGCCAAUCUCACCUGCCAAUCUCACCAGCCAAUCUCACCUGCCAAUCUCACCUGCCAAUCUCACCUGCCAAUCUCACCAGCCAAUCUCACCUGCCAAUCUCACCUGCCAAUCUCACCUGCCAAUCUCACCUGCCAAUCUCACCUGCCAAUCUCACCUGCCAAUCUCACCAGCCAAUCUCACCUGCCAAUCUCACCUGCCAAUCUCACCUGCCAAUCUCACCAGCCAAUCUCACCUGCCAAUCUCACCUGCCAAUCUCACCUGCCAAUCUCACCUGCCAAUCUCACCUGCCAAUCUCACCUGCCAAUCUCACCUGCCAAUCUCACCUGCCAAUCUCACCUGCCAGUCACUGCAGCCAGCAGCAAGUGAUGCGAGGAGCAUCCAAUCUCACCAGCCAAUCUCACCUGUCAAUCUCACCUGCCAAUCUCACCUGUCAAUCUCACCUGCCAAUCUCACCUGCCAAUCUCACCUGCCAAUCUCACCAGCCAAUCUCACCUGCCAAUCUCACCAGCCAAUCUCACCUGCCAAUCUCACCUGCCAAUCUCACCUGCCAAUCUCACCUGCCAAUCUCACCUGCCAAUCUCACCUGCCAAUCUCACCUGCCAAUCUCACCAGCCAAUCUCACCUGCCAAUCUCACCUGCCAAUCUCACCUGCCAAUCUCACCUGCCAAUCUCACCUGCCAAUCUCACCUGCCAAUCUCACCUGCCAAUCUCACCUGCCAAUCUCACCUGCCAAUCUCACCUGUCAAUCUCACCAGCCAAUCUCACCUGCCAAUCUCACCUGCCAAUCUCACCUGCCAAUCUCACCUGCCAAUCUCACCUGCCAAUCUCACCUGCCAAUCUCACCUGCCAAUCUCACCUGCCAAUCUCACCUGCCAAUCUCACCUGCCAAUCUCACCUGCCAAUCUCACCUGCCAAUCUCACCUGCCAAUCUCACCAGCCAAUCUCACCAGCCAAUCUCACCAGCCAAUCUCACCUGCCAAUCUCACCUGCCAAUCUCACCUGCCAAUCUCACCUGCCAAUCUCACCUGCCAAUCUCACCUGCCAAUCUCACCUGCCAAUCUCACCUGCCAAUCUCACCUGCCAAUCUCACCUGCCAAUCUCACCUGCCAAUCUCACCUGCCAAUCUCACCUGCCAAUCUCACCUGCCAAUCUCACCUGCCAAUCUCACCUGCCAAUCUCACCUGCCAAUCUCACCUGCCAAUCUCACCUGCCAAUCUCACCUGCCAAUCUCACCUGCCAAUCUCACCUGCCAAUCUCACCUGCCAAUCUCACCUGCCAAUCUCACCUGCCAAUCUCACCUGCCAAUCUCACCUGCCAAUCUCACCUGCCAAUCUCACCAGCCAAUCUCACCAGCCAAUCUCACCUGCCAAUCUCACCAGCCAAUCUCACCAGCCAAUCUCACCUGUCAAUCUCACCUGCCAAUCUCACCUGCCAAUCUCACCUGCCAAUCUCACCUGCCAAUCUCACCUGCCAAUCUCACCUGCCAAUCUCACCUGCCAAUCUCACCUGCCAAUCUCACCAGCCAAUCUCACCUGCCAAUCUCACCUGCCAAUCUCACCUGCCAAUCUCACCUGCCAAUCUCACCUGCCAAUCUCACCUGCCAAUCUCACCUGCCAAUCUCACCAGCCAAUCUCACCUGCCAAUCUCACCUGCCAAUCUCACCUGCCAAUCUCACCUGCCAAUCUCACCUGCCAAUUACACCUGCCAAUCUCACCUGCCAAUCUCACCUGCCAAUCUCACCUGCCAAUCUCACCAGCCAAUCUCACCUGCCAAUCUCACCUGCCAAUCUCACCUGCCAAUCUCACCAGCCAAUCUCACCUGCCAAUCUCACCUGCCAAUCUCACCUGCCAAUCUCACCUGCCAAUCUCACCUGCCAAUCUCACCUGCCAAUCUCACCAGCCAAUCUCACCUGCCAAUCUCACCUGCCAAUCUCACCUGCCAAUCUCACCAGCCAAUCUCACCUGCCAAUCUCACCUGCCAAUCUCACCUGCCAAUCUCACCUGCCAAUCUCACCUGCCAAUCUCACCUGCCAAUCUCACCUGCCAAUCUCACCAGCCAAUCUCACCUGCCAAUCUCACCAGCCAAUCUCGCCUGCCAAUCUCACCUGCCAAUCUCACCUGCCAAUCUCACCUGCCAAUCUCACCUGCCAAUCUCACCUGCCAAUCUCACCUGCCAAUCUCACCUGCCAAUCUCACCUGCCAAUCUCACCUGCCAAUCUCACCUGCCAAUCUCACCUGCCAAUCUCACCUGCCAAUCUCACCUGCCAAUCUCACCUGCCAAUCUCACCUGCCAAUCUCACCUGCCAAUCUCACCUGCCAAUCUCACCUGCCAAUCUCACCUGCCAAUCUCACCUGCCAAUCUCACCUGCCAAUCUCACCUGCCAAUCUCACCUGCCAAUCUCACCUGCCAAUCUCACCUGCCAAUCUCACCUGCCAAUCUCACCUGCCAAUCUCACCUGCCAAUCUCACCUGCCAAUCUCACCUGCCAAUCUCACCAGCCAAUCUCACCAGCCAAUCUCACCUGCCAAUCUCACCAGCCAAUCUCACCAGCCAAUCUCACCUGUCAAUCUCACCUGCCAAUCUCACCUGCCAAUCUCACCUGCCAAUCUCACCUGCCAAUCUCACCUGCCAGUCACUGCAGCCAGCAGCAAGUGAUGCGAGGAGCAUGUUUUAGGUGCCUAAAAAAUCGUGAUAUCUGGUGCCAAGCCAAUCUCACCUGCCAAUCUCACCUGCCAAUCUCACCUGCCAAUCUCACCAGCCAAUCUCACCAGCCAAUCUCACCUGUCAAUCUCACCUGCCAAUCUCACCUGUCAAUCUCACCUGCCAAUCUCACCUGCCAAUCUCACCUGCCAAUCUCACCAGCCAAUCUCACCUGCCAAUCUCACCAGCCAAUCUCACCUGCCAAUCUCACCUGCCAAUCUCACCUGCCAAUCUCACCUGCCAAUCUCACCUGCCAAUCUCACCUGCCAAUCUCACCUGCCAAUCUCACCAGCCAAUCUCACCUGCCAAUCUCACCUGCCAAUCUCACCUGCCAAUCUCACCUGCCAAUCUCACCUGCCAAUCUCACCUGCCAAUCUCACCUGCCAAUCUCACCUGCCAAUCUCACCUGCCAAUCUCACCUGUCAAUCUCACCAGCCAAUCUCACCUGCCAAUCUCACCUGCCAAUCUCACCUGCCAAUCUCACCUGCCAAUCUCACCUGCCAAUCUCACCUGCCAAUCUCACCUGCCAAUCUCACCUGCCAAUCUCACCUGCCAAUCUCACCUGCCAAUCUCACCUGCCAAUCUCACCUGCCAAUCUCACCUGCCAAUCUCACCAGCCAAUCUCACCUGCCAAUCUCACCUGCCAAUCUCACCUGCCAAUCUCACCUGCCAAUCUCACCUGCCAAUCUCACCUGCCAAUCUCACCUGCCAAUCUCACCUGCCAAUCUCACCUGCCAAUCUCACCUGCCAAUCUCACCUGCCAAUCUCACCUGCCAAUCUCACCUGCCAAUCUCACCUGCCAAUCUCACCUGCCAAUCUCACCUGCCAAUCUCACCUGCCAAUCUCACCUGCCAAUCUCACCUGCCAAUCUCACCUGCCAAUCUCACCUGCCAAUCUCACCUGCCAAUCUCACCUGCCAAUCUCACCUGCCAAUCUCACCUGCCAAUCUCACCUGCCAAUCUCACCUGCCAAUCUCACCUGCCAAUCUCACCUGCCAAUCUCACCUGCCAAUCUCACCUGCCAAUCUCACCUGCCAAUCUCACCUGCCAAUCUCACCUGCCAAUCUCACCUGCCAAUCUCACCAGCCAAUCUCACCUGCCAAUCUCACCUGCCAAUCUCACCUGCCAAUCUCACCUGCCAAUCUCACCUGCCAAUCUCACCUGCCAAUCUCACCAGCCAAUCUCACCUGCCAAUCUCACCUGCCAAUCUCACCUGCCAAUCUCACCAGCCAAUCUCACCUGCCAAUCUCACCUGCCAAUCUCACCUGCCAAUCUCACCUGCCAAUCUCACCUGCCAAUCUCACCUGCCAAUCUCACCUGCCAAUCUCACCUGCCAAUCUCACCUGCCAGUCACUGCAGCCAGCAGCAAGUGAUGCGAGGAGCAUGUUUUAG